CUGACCCCGCCAGUCGCUCAGCCGCCUCCUCCCCGCAGCCUCGGCCUCAAUCGCGAGCAGCCCCUCACCACCGACUCCUCACCACCACCACCACCAACUACUCACCACCGCCUACUCACCACCUACUGACCAUCGCUUCCUCACCACCGCCUACUCACCACCGCCUACUCACCACCACCGCCUAAUCACCACCGCUUCCUCACCACCACCUACUCACUACCGCUUCCUCACCACCACCGCCUACUCACCACCACCGCCUACUCACCACCACCACCUACUCACCACCACCGCCUACUCACCACCACCGCCUACUCACCACCACCGCCUACUCACCACCACUUCCUCACCACCACUUCCUCACCACCACCGCCUACUCACCACCACCGCCUAAUCACCACCGCUUCCUCACCACCACCUACUCACUACUGCUUCCUCACCACCACUUCCUCACCACCACCGCCUACUCACCACCACCGCCUACUCACCACCACCACCUACUCACCACCACCACCUACUCACCACCACCACCUACUCACCACCGCUUCCUCACCACCGCCGCAUACUCCACAUCGCCUCCCCACCACCGCCUUCUCACCAACUCACCACCACCACAUCAUCAUCAAGGCCUCCUCACCGCCUACUCACAACCAGCUCCUCACCACCGCCUCUUCUUCCUCACCACCAGCACCGCCUCCUCACCACCGCUGCGACUGCACCGUUCUCUUCUCGCCCCCUGCUUCAGCUCAGGAUGUCGUGUUGUGCCACGGCGAUGCCGCUGGAGGUGACCGGCGACAGCAGCAGCUUCCCGGCGUGGCUGGAGACGCAGGGCGUGAGCGCCGAGGUGGCCCGCGCCCUCGACUCGGAGCUGGGCAUCCGCGACUACGGCCUCCUGCGCGCCUGCGUGGACGACGGGAGCGUGCGAGCGGAGCUGCUGGCCGCCGCUCGCCACCGCCUGCCCUUCGGGUUCUACGCGGCGCUGAGGCGCGCCGUGAAGGCCCUGCAACAGCCCGACGAUGAAGACGGAGCAGGAGGAGGAGUGGAAGGAGGAGCGGAACGAGGGGGAGCAGGAAUCGCGGGAGGAGGAGCGGGAGGAGAAAGAGUGGAAGGAGGAGUGGAAGGAGACGCCGCAGGGGCGACGCUGCUGGGAGGCCUCGUGGAGGCGCUCCUCGCGCUCUUUGGCGGCCUCAGCCGCGAGCUGCUACUCUCCGCGGAGCGCCUGGGGGCGCUCACCGCUCACCGCCUCUGCCCCAUAGUGUCCGGAGACGGCCAGGAGGGAGGGGACGGCGGAGGUCGCGGAGAGUGGGGCGAGGCCAACGAGGAGGAGGCGGUGGGGGAUGAUGCCCCAACGCACGACCCCCGGUGGGACACGAUGGCGGUUAAGACGGAGACGUGCGGAGACACCGGCUCCGGAACGGCAGACGCCUCUUACUCACCUGAAUGGCCACUCGUCAAAGUGGAGCAGAAGUGCCGAGUGUAUGAGAAGUCUGUUAAAGGUUAUACGGGGGAUCUUUGCCUUUUUGAAGAACACGAAUCGCACCGGGAAGCCCUGCGCUCUGUCGAGGCCUCUUACUUCACCACGCCCAACGGCGGAGGCACGGAUCCCAGCGUGGAGGUGACGGGCCGGGUCCCCUGUGGGUCCCCGUGGGUCCCGUUGGACCAGCAGCAGCAGGGGGUUGUGGGGGGUGUGGGUUCCCAGAGCGUCGGGGAUGAGGGGGACGACGCCGGAGUGGAGGCUGCCAUAAACGGCGGCAUACAGCGCCACCUCGCCAAGCGCAGCAGCAGCAACAACAACGGCGGCGGCGGCAACACCCCGAAGCGUCAGCGCCAACAGCACCAACAGCACCAACAACACCAACAACAGCAGCAACAGCAGCAGCAGGAGGCGUCGGCGGCAGGCGAGCGUCCCUACGCGUGCGAGCAGUGCGGCCGCAGCUACGCGGAACUCUCCCACCUGCGCGUGCACAGGCGCACGCACACAGGCGAGCGGCCCUACGUUUGCACCGAGUGCGGCCGCGGCUUCUCGCAGUCCUCCCAUCUCAAGGUGCACCUGCGGUCGCACACAGGCGAGCGGCCGCACGUCUGCGGCGAGUGUGGCAAGGGCUUCACGCAGCUCUACAACCUCAAGAGGCACCAGAGCACGCACGCGUGACGCUCCGCCGCGCCUCCCCCAGCGCGCUAGACGAUGAUGUAACAUCGGAAGGAAAAGGCGUUCCAGACGGCGGCAGAAAGCAGGGCAUCUGAAAGCGCCGCGCGGUGAUCAUCUUUGUUUGAUGGUUUUCCAAAAACAGUUCUCAAGAAGUGCACCCGGGAACCCGGUUGAUAGCGCCGCACUGUGUUGCGAAUCCGGCGACCUGGAUUUGAUUCCCGCUCCAGGCCACCAACACGAUUGAGGAGUAUCUGAAGCAGUCCUGGGCCUCCCCUCCGUCAACUCGGCCUCAAAUGGGUAGCUGGUGUGGUGUGUAGACAUUGCCACUAGGACGUGGUGCUGGCCACCCCACCCCGCUAGUGUGCCGUGCCAGCCUUCGUAAGUGCUACUUGCUAACAGCACUUGCUCCUGCAGUCUGUUAGAGGCUGUACGGGGGACCUUUGUUGGAGUGUGCCGUGGUGAAGGAGGCUCGUGAUGGACCGCCGCUGCCACUACUACUUGGGUAGCUGUUGGGAGGAGGCAAUUCGCCCCUCCAGCAGCAGCAACAACAACAACAACAGCAAAGGAGAGGGCGGCAGAGAGGGAAGUGACGCUCACGAUAACAAGCGGAGGAGCCGGGCGGCAACAAAAAACUGCAGCAAGUUGGCGCAGUAAGGAGGGGGUGGAAGCACACAGCUGGUGCUGGUGCAUCUGCCCAUUCAUCUCAGUCGGUCAGACCCAUGGCACCGGCGAGGUCUGAACAAAAAAAUCCAUAGCUCUCACAUGAGGAAAUGUACAUAUUGUUUAACUGUGAAUAGCCCAUCCAAUAAUAGGUACUGCAUAUUUCUCUUCAUACUCUCUUAGAUCAACAUGUGUAUAUAUAAUUACCGACAAAACGUCACGGUGCACGAAUUGGAAAUGUGUGUUGUGGGUUUUCUCGCCAACGCACAACCGGUUAGUGCUGAACUUUUACACUAAUUGGCGUUUUUUGUUUACGUGACAAACGCUUCCUAAUUGGCUGUGUCCGGUGGUGGUGGUGGCAGGUCUAACGGAACAUUUAUAUCCACGCGAUCUUACCCCAAAAAAAACUUAUUAUGGAUAAGAGGGGAGGGCGGGUUACACAGCUGGUGCAUCUGCCCCCCACAAGAAGCCGUUCUCAAGAACUGAGUUUCCAACCCGGAUUUCACACACUGCACCAGGGAACCCGGUAGAUAGCGCCGCACUUCGUUUCGAACCCGGCGAUGGAACAUUUGAACCAGUCCUGGGCCUUGGCCCCUAGGUACCUGGUGCGGUGUGCAAAAAUCAUCGCCACUGGGUGAGACAAAGGCGGUCGGGCAUGGUGUUGGCCACCCGACCCCCUUCGUGUGCCGUGCCGGCCUUCGUAGGUUGCUACUCGCUAACAACACUUGCCCUCCAACAGUCUGGGGGGAUCUUUUUAUUUACUGUGUGAAAGUGUAUAUAUUAAGUAGAUAAUCAAUUAUCCGGAGGCUUCGAAGGGGAGAAGGGGGUGCUGGAUUUUAAAAGGCCGAAUGAUCACUAAUCAUUGUUUAGAAUAGCUUAUUUUUGCACAUGCUUGGAUAACGUUAUGUUUGUAGGUGUUGUGUAUAUGUUUAAUAAGAAUACAAAUAGCCAAAAAUAAAUAUCCUACUGUAAAAAGUUUCUGUAUUUACUGCACCCAACUUACCACUCCAAUCACGAAGACUGUAGUAAGUAGUACUACUCCGCUCUUGUUUCAGCAGCCAUGUGUGUUUGACGAUCGCCGGACUGAUGCGAACACCGAAUUGCACAGUGCACUUUUCGACGGAUCGCAGUGUAUAUUUUAAUGUCUGGACUCCAGGAUGGGUUCUGCAGGAUUGGAAGGAUGCCCUGGUAGACCCCCCUCUUUAAGAGGGGGGACCGCACAGACUAACUACUACAGGGGCAUAUCCCUCCUCAGUGUGCUGGGAAAGGUCCUGACAAGGAUUAUUCAACAUCGCCUUGCCAGGCACGCUGAGGAGAGGCUUGCAGAGCCCCAAUGUGGUUUCAGGCCAGGGCGGUCCUGCACGGAUGCUAUAUUCUGUCUGCUACAGCAGUGGUAUAGAAAUUUCCAACAAGACCUACAUUUCUGCUUUAUUGACCUGUUCAAGGCGAAUGAUACUAUCAGUAGGCCUGGGCUAUGGGCUGUUCUUCAUCCUUUCAGAGUUACUGACUCUCUGCUCAUUAUCAUUAAGGACCUUCAUGAUGGUGGGCAGGUCCUGGGUAAAGCUACGUGGCCAGCAAUUAGAGCUAUUCCCUGUUUACCUUGGGGUGCGACAGGAAUGUCCUCAGGCUCCCACAUUAUUUAACAUUAUCUUUAACUGUACUGGAGGAAUUUCCAUCUGGUACAGAUACAAUGGGAGGCUGAUCGAUGCCCAGGUGCGGUCGAGGGAUGGCUCCCUGUUGGUCAAAUAUGUUAUGUAUGCUGAUGAUCUGGUGAUUGCUGCUCACUGAGAGUUGGAGUUGGAGAUGCUGCUGCUGAACCUGGAGUAUGCCACUAAGAGGUGGGGUGUUACCAUCAGCCCAGCAAAACCAAGCACCUGCCUGGGUGUAUUGUGCCAUCAAACACUCUACCCCCUCAGCUACCCAUUGAUGAUGGAGCAGUUGUGUAGAGAGUGUAGAGUUUCCCAUACCUGGGCAGUGUGCUCAUGAACAGCUCAGGUUUGACAGCAGAGGUCUCGCUCUGAAACAGCCGAACGGCUACCUGGUCUGUCACUCCACACGAAGCUUCGGGUCUUCUCGGCCACAGUGAUUAUGCCUUCCCUUCUCUAUGCUUGCGAAAUUUGGAGACCCCUUUUAAUGGAACAUCUGUGCCGGUGAGAAACAUUCAGGCUGGCCUGCCUACGAACCAUCCUGGGUUUAACCAGGCUGGAUUGUUUGAGCUGACAAAUCCUUGAAAGAUCUGGACGCAUUCCCAUCAAUGAGCUCCAGCAGGCAAGGCUGCGUUGGCUGGUUCAUGUAGCCCGUAAUUCGCAGCCACCGCAAGUAGCUUCUGUUUGGCCCGAUAGAGGGGGCUAAACGGACACAACAUGGGCUGGAGAAGAAAUGGACUGAUACGGUAUGGGAGGAUGAGGAGCUGAGUGGACUUGCCGAAGACUGAUACCAACGGUGUCAAGUGCGGCCUUUAUGGAGGUUCAUGAAGAGCGCAAAUGGGCAGUUGGAGGCAGUCGCCCUCUAACAAUACAGGGUUGGUGAGCGACGAGUGGAGGAGCGCCUGGCGGACAAAAUACAGCAAGUUGGCACAGUAAGGGGUACAGCUGGUGCAUCUGCCAGUCAUCUCAGUCUUGUUAACCCAUGGCACCACCUGGGUCUGUUUGUGACCUGGCCACGAGUCUUUGACAUUUAACGUGGCCUCUAAGUGCACCUGGCCUGCCACGGGCACCGUAGUGGCAUCAACGUCGCUUCGUGGCGAAUGACAGAUAUUGUUGGUGGUAUGUCACUUUGUCUAUUUAUUUGUGCGUGCGUACACCAAAAGCCAUGGUUUCACGAAAGCGGUUGUGAUUUGAAAUAUCCGUUCGUCGAAUGUGGGAAAUACACGUUGUAAAGGCUUAAUUUGUUCCUAGACGAUCGCAAGUUGACCUCCUUCACCGUAAAAAAGUUGAUGUUAAAAAAUGCAAUUUGAAUGAAUGGGCGUAAGAUAAUUUGAAAGCAUUCAUAUUAAUGGUAACGUGGAUAAAUUAUGAAUAAAUUGCGCAUAAAAUAACAAUUCUUACCUUAGGCUAAGAAGGUGGAUAGCUUAAGGCAGUGGUUCUUAACCUUUACUGCAAUCUGCACCUCUUUGGUUCUCAAAAUAUGGUCAUGCACCCGUUAUCAAAAAUCUUUGAAGUAGGCCGUUGUGUGUGGUCGUUCGUUGCGACUUUGCUGCCCGCUGCCUCACGGUGCAUGUGUGCCUCAGGGACGUGCGGUCAGGGGGGGCAGAGCCUCGCCUGUCAUACUCCAAUGAAAAUAGCUGUUUGAAAAGUAAAAUAACGAAUAAUCAAAUAAAAUAAAUUUUAAGAUUUUUCCACUGAUCUGUAUUUUAAACGUCACUUUUUUUACGAUUCCAAUUAUUCUUAAAGUCAAAAUCGCCAAGGUGAGGCAGCGGCGAGCUCAGCCUCCCCUCUGAUUGCGCAACCCCUCAGUAACUGGAUGGAGCGCGGGCAAUAAGCAUGUGCCUGUUACUAUCUCUCUGUGUCACCAAUGUAAUGUUUGUAGACUCCUUCAUUUCAUGUCCUCGCCUUCCAUACUCCAGGUAACUUAUUUCACGUAUGUGUAUAAAUAUAUUUAGGCUCGCUGGUCUCGUCAUGAAACUGCAAUGAAAAAGCACCAGGGGAGGCAGCUAUCACAUGUCUCACUGAGGGGGACGUGUCUAACACGCCCCCCUCAGUGAGGCCACGCCCCCUCCGUGAGAACACGCCCCCUCAGUGAAGCCACGCCCCCUCAGUGAGGCCACGCCCCCCUCAGUGUGUGAGUCUGGCUCUGACACUAGCCAGUGCCUCCCCCAGCCAUUGACCUCACCGCACGUCACUGGUGUGCCUGUGGCUGGGAUUUCGUCUCCGUACGCCGAUGGUGGUGACCCCAGCUUGCCGAACCAAUUUGCUGCUCUACCAAUGGCUCGCUGGUUUGGGGCUGCUUAUGCCAGUAAUCGUCACCUACUUAUGAGCUGCGGCAAUGAGUUACUCCCGUUAUUUUUUGUUGGGACUGAACCAAGGCAGUUGCCAUGGAGUCAACAUUGGGGGGGGGACCAAAUCCUCCAGGGGGUCUGGGGGUCCCCCCGCCAGAAAAAUCUAAAUUUGAAAACUCAUUUCCUGCCAUUUCAUACCUAAAAUAUCAAAAGAUUCACUAACACAUAGGAUGGACUUUUUUUUUACAAUCAUGUUUAAUAGUGUAUUGUAUUACAUUGCUCUGUUUUUUUGUGUUUUACCUUUUCUUGUUUCAUUGUAUGUAAUGGCAGAGAUUAGGGAUUCUUAAAGAACAGAAAUAUAUGCAUUGAUUUAUAUGAAGACAAGUCCAGAUAGUGGCCAAGGUUAAGAAAAUUGUUGUUUUUAUUUACAUAGUAUAGCAAUUUUUUUAUUUGGGUUGGAACCCCCAGACACCCUGGAAGAUUUGGUCCCCCCCAAUGUUGAUUCCAUGGCUACGGCCUUGAUGUAGAUGAAUAUUAUAAUAGGUUUAAAGCGACAGUUUCCUACUUAAAUUUCCGAGGACGCCCAGGAUCUUCGGCAUAGAAGGGGUCGGGAAGUUAUAAUUGUUACUGUGUCUGUCUUUAUGUCUGAUUAACUUACUGUCUGUCUGACUCUGUCUCUGUCUGACUCUUCCUGUUUGUGUGUCUUUAGGCUAUGUUUGUCUCCGAUCUGGGAUCUAAAAUCAUUUUCAUACAUAACAAGUUAUCAACAUUUACGGGCCAGUACGUGUCACACUCACACACACACUCACUGUUGUCGUGUACGCGACUAAUAUUGGUACACGGAAUUACAAACCGCCCGCCCGCCCAAGUACGCACCCACCCACCAGCCGACCUACACACUCACACACAUCCACCCGCUCACUCGCCCGCCCACCCACACAAUUGUUCGGCCGACUGAUGAAUUUUAAUACAAAUGUCAAGGAUUGUCACGAUUGUAUAGCCUGUGUUGUAAUACUCAUCUUAAGUAUAAAUCCAGUGUUAAAACGUGUUGUUCACCAUAGAACAUGACGUAACUACAGGUGACAUGACACUGGAUUACACAGUAGAUGAAUAUUAUAACAUGUUUAAAGCUAUCCUACUUAAAUUCAUGUGGACGCCCAUGAUAUUCGGUGUAUUAUAAACACGAUAUACUGAAAUUCCUUUAAUACCGUCAUAUAUUUAGCACCUUUGUUGACAUGUCGAUGAC